AUGUACCGCUCAAAUCGACACAAGGAUCCUGCUCUCGCUCAUAUACGCGACAUGAAAUUCGCCCAGCCGUUCAAGACGCCCGCUUCCGCCAUUCUUCAGCAGCGCGAGCAGCCGACGCGCAAACGGAAGCGUGUCUCGUACAAAGAAAACGCCAUAGAAGAUGAGGGAGAAGGAGAUUAUCGACGGAAGAAGCGGAAGACAGACAAGGAUGACGAGUUUGAGGACGACCCGCUCGGCGAACGCGCACCCAACAUCAACAAGUCAUUCCCAGUCUACGAGCCCAAACCGAGCGAUAAAGUCUUUGCUCAGCGGUUCACCAUUCCAGGGAUGAAGACCAAGGAUGGCAAGUACAUCAGCGUUGGCCUGUCGGGUACCGCACUAGGUGUUCGACCAAUCGUCAAACUCCUGCCUCGCCCGCUACAUGAUCCUAUGGCUGAGCAUUCCAUCGUUCUUUACGACCCCACAAUCGACGAUCGUGAAUCGGACGAGGAGCGCUUGGAACGACUGCGAGAGGAAGCAAAGGAAGAAGAACGAAAGGCGGCUAGGGCCAAGAUUGAAGGCCUCUACAAUCCCCAUAAGAGCCUCCGAGAGCUUCUUGGAGAGGACCAAACGCGCAAAAAGCUUUCUCAAAAGGUUCCCGUCGUGAUUGAUCCUGUCCUUUCUAAAAUCCUUCGACCUCACCAAAUUGAGGGCGUCAAGUUUCUCUAUCGCUGCACGUCUGGAAUGGUUGUUGAGAAUCAAUACGGUUGUAUCAUGGCCGAUGGCAUGGGACUCGGCAAGACGCUUCAGACCAUUUCUUUGAUAUGGACCCUUCUCAAGCAAUCUCCGCAUGCUGGAAAACCCACGAUUGAAAAGUGCAUCAUCAGUUGUCCCAGCAGUCUGGUCCGCAACUGGGCAAACGAACUGGACAAAUGGCUUGGAAAGGGCACAGUUGGCUGCUUUGCGUUGGAUGGCCGUGGCAAGAAGGCAGAGGUCAUUGAAGGCGUUCGGCGCUGGGUCGCUGCUCGUGGUCGUAACGUCACGCUUCCAGUCAUGAUCUGCUCCUAUGAGACGCUUCGAACAUUGGCACAAGAAUUGGCCAACUGCGAAAUUGGGCUGCUCAUUUGCGACGAGGGUCAUCGCCUCAAAAAUGGAGAGUCACAGACGUUUCAGAUACUCACGAGCCUCAAAGUCCAGCGUCGCGUCAUCUUGUCCGGAACACCCAUCCAGAACGAUCUCUCGGAAUACUUUUCGCUUCUCAACUUUGCAAAUCCCAAUUACCUCGGAACUCAGGCCGAGUUUAGAAAGAAUUUUGAGAAUACCAUUAUCCGAGGACGCGAUGCCGACGCGACGGACGCGGUCAAAGACGCGAGCGAGGCGAAACUCAAGGAGCUGGGUGCACUGGUUGCGCCAUUCAUCAUUCGCCGGACAAAUGAACUGCUUUCCAAAUACUUGCCCAUCAAGUACGAGCAAGUUGUAUUCUGCCGGCCCUCCGAGCUUCAGUUGGCCCUGUAUCGACUCUUUAUCACUUCUCCCGAAAUCAAGAGUCUCUUACGCGGCAAGGGCUCACAACCUCUCAAAGCCAUUGGGUUGCUAAAGAAGCUUUGCAAUCACCCAGAGCUUUUGGAUCUUCCUGGUGAGCUUGCCGGUUCGGAAGAAUUGCUUCCUCCGGGCUACGGAAUGGGUAACUCGACGCGCAAUCUUGGUGGGAGGGAGCGCGCGCCAGCAAUGCUCGAUUGCCAACUUUCCGGCAAAUUUAUUGUUCUAGAACGCAUGCUUCAUCACAUCAAAACGCAGACCACGGACAAAAUUGUACUGAUCAGCAACUAUACGGCCACGCUAGAUCUCAUGGAGCGACUUUGUCGGGCAAAAGGAUACGGAUAUUUCCGGCUCGAUGGUCAGAUGGGCAUCAGCAAGCGGCAGAAACUUGUGGAUCGGUUCAAUGAUCCAGAGGGCUCGGAGUUUAUUUUCUUGCUGAGUAGCAAGGCCGGUGGAUGCGGGAUAAAUCUUAUUGGAGCGAACAGACUGAUCCUUUUUGAUCCUGAUUGGAACCCGGCUGCGGAUCAGCAGGCAUUGGCGCGUGUAUGGCGUGAUGGCCAGAAGAAAGAAUGCUUCGUUUACCGAUUCGUGAUGACGGGCUCCAUCGAGGAGAAGAUUUUCCAACGGCAGGCACAGAAACAAGCGCUCUCGUCUUGUGUCGUGGACGAAAAGGAAGAUACCGAACGACAUUUUUCAUUGGACAUGCUCCGCAAGCUCUUCGAGUUUACGGAAACGACGCUUUCGGAUACACAUGACACGUUUAAAUGCAAACGAUGCAAAGAUGGCGUUCAACACGUCAAGGCGCCAGCGCUAUUGUAUGGAGACGCGAGUACCUGGAAUCAUUUUACAAAUGGCGAGCUCAAGAACAACCACGACGACCUACUGCGUGCAGAAGUGGGCCUGCCAGAGGUGUCAUUUGUGUUCCAAUACAUCAGCCACUAG